UUCCCAAGGCUUGAACUUAAUGCCUGUAUUUUUCUGGGCAAAGUUGGCUUGGGUCCCCAGCCAGAUCCAUUCCCACAGAGGUGCUCAUAUUCUUGAAAAGCUCUGAGUGAGAUUUAGCCCAUGAAAAUGAAAAUUUGGAGCUCCCAUUGUUGACUGCAUUGAGGACAGGUGCUCUGCAGGGACACAGUUCAGAUCCUCCCAAAGCAAAUGCUCAAGGUAUAUCCAAGAGCAGCAGCAGCCCCAAAUCUCUUGGAAUUUUCUCAUUCUCUGAGAAAGCAAACCCAAAUCCCUUCAGGUGACAUUGAACCACCUUCAAUGUGCCAUGCUCUUGCCUCCCUAAAAUACUUCCCAUUUAUCUGUGGUCUGUUCUUUGCAGUAAUCCUAGCAGUUGCCAUUGGCCUGGGUGUCCAGUACAACUGCAUUGGGAAGUUUCGCUGUCGAUCAUCCUUUAAGUGUAUCCAGAAAUCAGCCAGGUGCAAUGGUGUCUUCAACUGUAAAGAAGGGGAGGAUGAGUACAGAUGUGUCAGGCUGAGUGGGAAGAGGGCAGUGCUGCAAGUGUUCACCUUUGGGUCCUGGCGAACGGUCUGCUCCGACGACUGGAGGGCAGAGUACGGGAACACCACCUGCAAACACCUGGGCUUCUCAAGUUAUGUGAGUUCAGGUUACCUGCCCGUGGCUGCAGUCGAAAAACAGUUCCAAAGACACUUCGUAUCCCUCAGCCACUGGUUCUCAGCUGACCAAGUGACAUCCCUGCACAAUGCCACCAACCUCAGGGAGGAGUGCACUUCUGGUAAAGUGAUCAUCUUGAAGUGUUUGGCGUGUGGGACCCGGGCCAGCUACGGGCCGCGGAUCGUGGGGGGCAACGCGUCGUCCCCCCGGCAGUGGCCCUGGCAGGUCAGCCUGCAGUUCCAGGGCCACCACCUGUGCGGGGGCUCCGUCAUCGCCCCGCGCUGGAUCCUCACGGCCGCCCACUGCGUCUAUGACCUGUACUUGCCGAGCUCCUGGAGCGUUCAGGUCGGAUUUGUGACUCAUCAGGACACCCAGGUUCACCCACAUUCGGUGGAAAAAAUCAUUUACCAUCGGAAUUAUAAACCCAAGACUAUGGGGAAUGACAUAGCACUGAUGAAACUGGCAGCACCCCUUGCUCUCAAUGGUCACACUGAACCGAUCUGUCUGCCCAAUUUUGGUGAACAUUUCCCAGCAGGGAAAAUGUGUUGGGUAUCAGGAUGGGGAGCAACUGUGGAAGGAGGUGACACAUCUGACACCAUGAAUUAUGCAGGUGUUCCUCUGAUUUCCAAUGCAAUUUGCAAUCACAGGGAUGUCUAUGGUGGGAUCAUAACUUCUUCAAUGCUUUGUGCUGGUUUCCUAAAGGGAGGGGUGGACACCUGCCAGGGAGACAGUGGGGGGCCUUUGGCAUGUGAAGAUAUGAGUAUCUGGAAGCUGGUGGGCACCACCAGCUUUGGAGUGGGCUGUGCAGAGAAGAACAAGCCGGGUGUCUACAGCAGAACCACUUCCUUCCUGGACUGGAUCCAUGAGCAGAUGGAGAGAGAAGAACUGCAGACCUGAAGAGAGUGGCCGUGCUCUGGGCUCCUGAAAAGCCACAUCACACUCCAGCCCUGCAGAAGGACCCAACCCAUUCUUGUGGUCACCUGCUCUGAGCUCUGGACCUUCACAGAGCACCUUUUACCAUUUCUUUUUGUUACUGGCAACUGCACUUGAUGCAAACUGUUGCACAUUCAGCCUGUUUUGGGUGGAAGAAGCAGAUGGAUGAUGAUCAGUGUGUGUGUCUACUGGCAGUCACAGUAAAUUUCACACACAGAAAAAAACUAAGACUGAUAAUCCUGAAUGCUGUCACAAUAAAGUUUUGCAGAAAAAGACUCAGAGCAACUUUA